AGGUUCAGGCUGUUACAAUAGGAGCGGUAUUUGGAUUGUGGAUUUCCGGAGAGGAAAGUAUUUUAAAAAAAUCCCUUUUUAAAAUUCCUUAACACCUACGACGUACAAGGGGAAGGCAGUCUUGUGGAAAAGAAGACAUCGAAUCUUUAAUUCCCAGUAAGCGGCGCUAAAUAUGCGACUCCAAUCCCGGAAGAGUUACUUUAUGUUAUUAAACCAUCGACACAACGGCAAUUACUCUAGAGAGCAACCACACACCACCCCGUGUAUACGACACAUAAUGCCUAGCGUAUCGCUUAGAAACUGACCACCGUGUUCCCCCGCCGUGAUGACAUCAUUAGCCGCGGUGGCUGGGGCGCUGGGAGGUGUUUUAGCCCUGUGUCUAAUCGUCAUACUGGGACUGUCGCUGUAUUGUCUCUGCUUAAAGAGAAAGCAAGAUAAAGACGAGAUCGAAACACAACCUCACUCAGAGAGCGAAUAUUUUGAAGCCAUCGAUUUCUCAAAGAUCAGAAAAAAUCUACCUCAACGAAAUCAUGUCAGCACUGUGUCCGACUCAACAUCGUCUACAAGACAGACAGUGUCAGUCGGCAAAGAAACGGGUGCUGCCAAGUCUGGAUACAACAAUGACAUAGAAGUGACGUCAUCGUACGACGGAAACGACGUGGAAUAUUAUAACACCGCUCAUACCUAUGAAGGAAGUUUUAAUAAGAAUGUACAAUGUUGUAACGUUAAUAAACAUGAUAACAAACAAUCUCAGAAUGAAACGAAUGUCAGCAGUAUUCAAAGUUAUGAGGUGAACAGUGUAUCUUCUAGAAUAGAAAACAGUGCACCCCAAAGGACCUUACCGAGCGACCAGACAGAGUUUACACAACGUGAAAGAAGCGAUCGAGAAUCCAAUUCUGAGUCUCAGAGUGAAAACUAUUUUGUUCUAAUAAAGGAGGAUAAACAUAGCCACGGCGACACGAUUGGCCAAUCUCCAAGGGAAAGGCCCCGUGUUGAAAUACCUGAAACAGAAAGGGAAUAUGUCGAAAUAAUGGGACAAGAGAGCGACGGCAACUCACACAUACGUCAAGGCAGAUCUAUUUCUUCAACAUGUCAUCAGACCUCUUACGAUGAAAACUCUGAUAUGUAUUUUGUUUUAGAAAAGCAAUAAAAAAUAUUUUCAGAUGGCAAUGCAUUCCAAACUCAUCUAAUUUGGUGGAAUACAAACAUGCAUUAUUUACAAAGAUUUUAGUCGUUUUCAAACAAAGCUGUGCUUAAUUUUUAUGUCUUGCCUUGUCUGUAGAUAAUUACUUUUCUAUAACCUUUAUAUUUUUCAGUUUAAGUAUAUUUACCUGGAAAAUGACAAUAAUAAUCAUCUUGUCCAUUGAACCGUGGGUAUGUAAAUAGAAACGUGGUUUCUAUUGUAGCAGAAAGAUCUCUUCAUUUAUAUACAUUUUUUAACAUUUAUUUAAUGAAGUAUAAAUAUUGUCAUUAAGCGUUAAAAGUGAUUGUGUCCAUUGUUCAUCUAUUUCAAAUCAGCAGUAAUCAACAUGAUACAUUAUAGAAAAAAUCAGUGUUAAAAAUAUAUAAUGAUUUAUUUUUCAGAAUAAACAUUUUUGUUUCCUAAAAAUUAAUUGUAUAAAGUUUGAUUCGCUUAUAUCAGUUGAGACUUACAAAACCUCAACAAUUUUUAUCCAUGUGUUAAUGAAACUACAUUAUCAUUAUACUAGUAAUUCAAACAGCAUUAUAUUAUUUAGAGACAUCAUACUUGGAAUAAAUGUAGUAUUAAUGUA